AAAAUGCAUUGUGAAACCCCAGUCCUUGCUCUUUCUAGGCAGAAAGUUGGCAGACAGUCUCUCUCUUUUCUACUAUAUAAAUCCCUUGCCGUAUUGUAUUAUCAAUCAAACCCUGCAAGUGUUCUCUUUCUCAUCUCUUCUCUCUGAUAUCUCUCUCUCUCUCUCUCUCUCUCUCUCUCUCUCUCUCUGUUUGCUUUAUCCAAUAUCCUUUUCUCAAAUGGAGAGAAAUCAGUUGCAUCGGCUAGUUGCUCUCUCAAGGCAGCCUCUGUUUGAUCAGGGAUUUCUUGAUGAACAAUUUCUCCAGCUUGAGGAACUGCAAGAUGAUGCUAAUCCUAAUUUUGUGGAGGAAGUUGUAACACUAUACUAUAGGGAUUCAGCUAGACUAAUCCUUAACAUAGAGCAAGCAUUGGAGAGGAAUCCCCUUGAUUUUAACAAGUUAGAUAUCCUUAUGCAUCAAUUCAAGGGAAGUAGCUCAAGCAUUGGAGCCAAAAAGGUGAAAGCUGAGUGCACUUUCUUUAGGGAAAAUUGCAGGGCAGGAAAUGGAGAAGGAUGCAUCAGGACAUUCCAACAACUCAAGAAAGAAUAUGCAACGCUAAGAAAGAAGCUUGAGGCCUAUUUUCAGCUGAGACUGCAUGCCGCCCCAAGUGAAAAAUCAGUGGCAGAAGAAGAGAUGGCUGGAAUACAUUUGAAAAUGUUUCUGGUAUCGGAAGCCCUGUAAUCCUCCCUAGUAUGAAAGGGAUGUUGGGUUUAGCAGCUAUAUAUCGAAGUGCAUUAAUCAAAAUGAUAUGAAAGUUUUGC